AUGGCUUUCCCAGAACAACCCCCUCACUUGCACAUUCCCGACUCCCCAAACACUGUCAAAGUAUCUGUCAUCAACACAGCGUGCUGGAUGUCGAACUUUCCUAUGUGGACUUUCUUGGAACCUUUGAUGCCUGGCCAUCACGAAAUGAAGGCCGGUUCAUACGCUUUUCUCAUUGAACAUGCCAAAAGUGGUAGCAAGUACGACACUCUUCUGUUCGAUCUCGGUGUGCGUCAUGAUUGGGAGACGAACUCUCCACCGGCAUUUAUUGCAGCUAUCAAAGAGGGGAAGCACAGUAUCGAGGUUAAAAAAGACACUGCUACUAUCUUAAGCGAGAAUGGGGUAAACUUGGCCGAUAUUGGGGGCAUCGUCUGGUCUCACUGGCAUUUCGAUCACACGGGAAAUCCUGGAAAUUUUCCGGGGACAACAGACUUGAUAGUUGGGCCUGGCUUUAAAGCCAAUUUGACACCGGGAUAUCCCACUAUCACUGACUCCCAUAUCGACGAGCGGCUGUGGGCAGAUCGAGAGUUACGGGAAAUCAAUUUUGUCGAGGAAGGCAAGGGACUCAAGAUUGGUAAAUUCGAUGCCCUGGAUCUCUACGAAGACGGGAGUUUUUAUCUUCUGAGCACACCUGGCCACACGGUUGGCCAUCUAUCGGCUCUUGCUCGCACCACUGCUGACCCUCCUACCUUUAUUUUCAUGGGUGGCGACAUUGCUCAUCACGGGGGGGAAUUUCGUCCAACACCAUAUCUACCUUUGCCCGCAAACAUUCAUCUUCAUCCUGUCAAAGAACCGCUGCUUAGCUGCCCCGGCGAGAUAUUCGUCGCCCUUCACCCCAAAAAGAGCCGCACUGAACCGUUCAACAAUCCUACAACCGCCCCGGGCUCCUGGCAUUAUAACCCUCAGGAAGCCACACUCACCAUCGAAAAGCUGACAGAGUUUGAUGCAUAUGAACAUAUCUUUCCAGUUAUUGCCCACGACAAUAGUCUUCUUGAUGUCGUUGAUUUCUACCCCAAAUCUGCAAAUGAUUGGUUGGCAAAGGGCUGGAAGCAAAAGAGCCUAUGGGGUUUUCUCAGUGACUACGAAGUCGUCAAUAAGAAGUAG